AUGCACUCAGCCUGCUCGGCCAAUCCGGAUAACCCUGAGCUGCAAACCAGCCUGAAGAGGUCAGCAGAUCAGCUGACUCUGAUCGCCUACUCCUCCAGCGCUGAACUAUUGCAAACUCGCGUGAUCCGAAGCCUCCAGGUGGCUGCUCGUGCUGCCGUGACCGCUGGCACUCAACUGGUUAACGUCAGUCAGAUUGCUGCCAAGGCCUCUAGAGCUAGCAACUAUCAGACCGCUGAUCGGAGCCGUUGUUAUGCCGAAAUGCAAUGUAAUGAUCUAAUUCCAAGUAGCACCAACGCUCAACUUUUAGACUAUAUUUUAGAAAGUGUUGGUUUGACCUCGUUUCCGCAACUUACUCGGAUCGAUAUGGGGAGCAUACCUAGUUCUACGUCCUCUGCCAUAUUAUUAAUGAUAAUUGCCAGAAUCAGACUGCUAAAUUGGUACAUUCUCAGACGUUUAGCUGGCAUCGUCGUCAGCAUUAUGACAUAA